AUGAAAGAUAGCGUGCUGAUCACGCCCGCGAGGGAGUGCCUGCGCGCGCACGACGUCGAGGGCGGUGGACGAGGGCGACGCGUCGUCGUCGCGCGCGGGGCGGAGCAGACGUGCGCGUGCGCGUCGCCGUAUUCGCAGACGCACGUCGUCACGGGGAGCGCGGACGGGACGCUGAGCGUGUGGGACGUGGAAACGAAGAAAACGGUGCGGAGUUAUGCGUUUCCGUGCGCGAUAUACGAUGUGGUGUAUCCAGGAGGGGAGAGCGGGAAGGAUUACGCGUACGUAUCGGCGAGCGCGCGCGAGGACGGCGGCGGACGCGUGUACAAGGUGAGUUUAUCUAAAGGGAAGAUUGUGGAGAAGUUAGGAAAGACGUCGAGACCGUGCAAGUUAGUCGCGAGCGCCAGUGGCGCGUUCGUGGCGUGCGUGGAACGACGAACCAUGUACGUGUGGGGGGUGGGCAAGGAUCGCGUAGGCGUCGCCUCUCGCGCGUUGCGCGUUCAUCACACCAAGGGCGUCACCGCGCUCGCGUUCUCGCACGAUGACGAGAUCUUAGCCGCCGGGGACUCGAGCGGAAGAAUUGUGAUGUGGCACGGAUUCGCGCGCGCCGUGCGCAAAUUACAAAGCGAGGCGCAGGGCGAGGAAACUGAGGUCAAGGGCGACGCGUUGCCGAGCACGACGUCGCACUGGCACUCUCGCGCCGUCGGGUGCUUGCACUUUUCCGCGGACGGCGCGCAUUUGUUUUCCGGCGGUGAAGAGGCGGUGUUGGUGAUUUGGACGGUGAAAGACGGGAAAAAGACAUAUUUACCGCGUUUAGGCGCGCCGUUGACGAAAAUUGUGGCGCGACGCGAAGAUCCCUCGCGACUGGCGCUCUUCGGUUCGGACAACGCCUUGCGACUGGUGAACGUCGCGUCGAUGACCGUUGAAGGGACUAUUCAGGGCGUGCGUCCACCCGUACUUGAUGCAAAAUCGACAAAGAGCGCCGAUGGCGUGGCGUACGCGUCCGUAGUCGCGUAUGAUCCUCGCGCGGAUGUGCUCGCGUUUUCCGCCGCCGGCGCCGCGUUGCAGUUUUACGACUACGCGCGAGACAACCACAUCGCCGAUCUCGCGGUAGCGCCGAGAAACUACGUCAACACGAGCGGAGAAGAAGACUCGCCGCUAGAAUCACACGUCGCACACGCGUCGUUUUCGCGCGAUGGGCGCGUGCUCGUCACCGUGGACAGACGCAGCGAUCAACCGCCGUCGGUGACGAGCGCGAUUGAGGAGACGCUGAAAAUUUGGGAGCGUCUUGACACGACGGAUGAAGACGAGAACGCCGACGUCGUCGUUCCUGGUGGCGCAUUCACGUGCGUGGCGCAGUGCGAAAUACCUCACAAAGGUUUGAUCACGUCCGUCGGCGUACGGCCGAGCGCGCACAGCCUCGAGGAGUCCAUGGCGUUCACCGCCGGCGUCGAGGGGGAGGUGAAGAUUUGGAUCCCGAACGGUCGAGUUUCGCGAGGCGGCGAGCACGCGGGAUGGAGAUGCCGAUCGAGCGCCUCACAUCCGAGUGGAUCAGCGAUCACGUGCGGCGCGUUCAGCGCCGACGGCUCUAUUCUCGCCACGGCGGCGAAUGAAAUAGUGCUCUGGGAUCCCAAGACGAACGCCAAGCUCGCGACGUUGACAAUGCCGAAGUCGUCGCCAGAUGGGGAGCCCGAGAACCCAAUCAAAGCGGUUGCAUUCAGCGCUGAUGAGCCUCUAUUCGCCGCCUGCGACGGAACGACGCUGGUGUUUUGGAAUUUGCAAACUUUACAGCCAUGGCGCGUCUACUCGGCGCCGUGCGUCGAUUUGUUCGCGCAUCCGUCUGUGGCGAUGUUUGUCGCUGUAUUCGCGCCGCAGCGAUCGAGCGAAGAUGUCGAAGGUGUUGAAAACGCUGCCGUCGUCGUGCGAUUCACCGGUCGGGACGCCACGCCCGCGAGUGCGUACGCGUGCCGCGACGGCGCGCCGGAAGCGGUGAUUUUCCCGCCGGGCGAUCGCUCCGACCGCGCCGCCGCCGCGACGUCGCUCGAGUCUUCGACGCCGAUGCUCGUCAUCACGCGCGACAGACAAAUCAUACGAGUAGGUGCUGAGACGAACCGCGAGGCGCGCGUGCGAGACGAUAUGGAUAUCGACCUUAAGCUCGCGACAAAGACGUUCCCGGGCGGCGUCGCCGUCGUCGGCGCGCCCGCGAACCCGCAGUUGAAGGAAUACCUCGCCGACACCGAAGCGAGCGUUCGUGCGCUCAAUCUCAGCACUGAAGACGACGACGAUGUUCCAGCGCACGAGCGCGUCAUCGGCGGCGCGCUUCAAGGCGUGGGUAAGAUGCCUUGGGGCGCGCUCUUCGACUCGCCCUCGCACGAGUUGCCCCCGCUCACGACGCUGUGCCCGCGUUUCAUGGACGCCAUGCUCGUGCGACAGGCCAAACCCGACGCGGAAUGA